GUCCGGGGAAAAGGAAACGAAACUGCUUCCCCUUGUGCUACCUGUUGCUGGCGAGAGAACGCCUAGGUUCCGGACACCCGUUCUGGCUUGUGGAGGACAAAAAGAAAGGGUGCCCAAACGAAGCGCGCUGAAAUCGGAGAUAUAACGUUUCUGAAAGACAAUGCAGAACUCUCUGGAACUUUGGAGUUUUGGUGUCCCAGAGGAAUGAAACCAGAUUUCGGGUCAUGCGAGUGUAGUGGGACAGCUUCGGCACUUUCUAAAGUGAACACAUCAUAAACGCAGGAAAAUCAGUUUCAGUGUAAGGAAUUUAGGUGACUUUGUAUAGCAACGAAAAGACCGACUUCCAGGGAUGGUGUUAUUUAGUAACGCACCAUGAUUUUUUGGAAGAAAAAAAAAGUGGAGGUUCAGAUGAGAAAGACUCGUGGCCUCUUUUUUUAAUUAUGUUUAUGAAUGUUUUGCUUGGAUGUUUGUGCACCAUGUGUGUGCCUGGUGCUGGUGGAGGCCAGAAGAGGGCGUAGGAUUCCCUGUCUGUUAGUCACACACAGUAGCGAGCAGCGAUGUGGGUGGUGGGAGUUGAAUCCGAAUCCCUUAAAAGAGCAGCCCUAACCUCUGAGAGCCCCUCAUGUAUGUCGUUUAACCGAAGAAGUCACAUAGAUUUCUCUAUCAAACUAUCAGUGAUUUACCCCUCUCCCUUCUCCACUAACCUAUUCCUAUUUAGAAAAAAACCAGCAGUUCUGGGAUUUGUUUACAGUUGGUUUUUCAUCUUCAAGUAAUUGCCUUAGAGGUAUGCAUAAAUACAGAUUACUGAAGGAGAAUUUUUUACUUGUAGGAACCAUUCAUAAACAAAUUUGAAUUAGGAGAAUCUUGAUAUUUAAAUUUUUGCCAGACGCUGCUGGAGCAUGCCUUUCUUUAAUCCCAGCACUUGGGAGGCAGAGGCAGGUGUAUUUUAAUCACGUCAAUUUAGUUUUAAUUGUAAAAUGGAGUUGAAUGUUUUCAAAUUAUGAGGUGAUAAAUUCUAAUUUUGUAUGCAGCCUAUUUAAAUAAUGAUAAGUGUAUUCUAAAUUGUGACAAUUUUUUAAAGUUCCAUUAUUGACUUAAUUUCUAUUACAGAUAAGAACUUCAGUUUUCUGUUGAUGUGGAGACAUAGGGUACUUGCAAGUUUCCAGUGUUUCAGAAGGGACUUUUGUAUUGAAACUGGAAGACCAAAGUCAUAACAAGCAUGCUGUGCUGGGGAAAUGCAUCCUAUGGACAACUAGGUUUGGGUGGAAUUGAUGAAGAAAUUGUACUAGAGCCCAGGAAAAGUGACUUUUUUGCAAAUAAAAAGGUCCGAGAUGUAGGAUGUGGACUCAGACAUACUGUAUUUGUCCUGGAUGAUGGAACUGUGUACACCUGUGGAUGUAACGAUUUAGGACAGCUUGGUCACGAAAAGUCCAGAAAGAAACCAGAGCAGGUUGUUGCCCUGGAUGCCCAAAAUAUCGUAGCUGUUUCAUGUGGAGAAGCUCAUACAUUAGCUCUUAAUGACAAAGGCCAGGUGUAUUCGUGGGGUCUCGACUCUGAUGGACAGCUUGGCCUCCUAGGAUCAGAGGAAUAUAUCAGAGUACCCAGAAAUAUUAAAAGUCUUUCGGAUAUCCAAAUAGUACAAGUUGCAUGUGGUUACUAUCAUUCACUUGCACUUUCUAAAGCAAGCGAAGUUUUCUGUUGGGGACAGAAUAAAUAUGGCCAACUGGGUCUAGGCAUUGACUGUAAAAAGCAGACUUCACCACAGCUGAUUAAGUCUUUACUUGGAAUUCCAUUCAUGCAAGUUGCAGCAGGAGGAGCUCAUAGUUUUGUACUCACCCUCUCUGGGGCUAUCUUUGGAUGGGGACGUAACAAAUUUGGUCAGCUAGGUCUUAAUGAUGAAAAUGAUAGGUAUGUUCCUAAUUUACUAAAGUCACUAAGAUCUCAGAAAAUAGUUUAUAUUUGUUGCGGAGAAGAUCAUACUGCUGCAUUAACCAAGGAAGGUGGAGUGUUUACCUUUGGAGCUGGAGGGUAUGGCCAGUUGGGUCAUAAUUCUACCAGUCAUGAAAUAAACCCAAGGAAAGUUUUUGAACUUAUGGGAAGCAUUGUCACUCAGGUUGCUUGUGGAAGGCAGCAUACCUCUGCAUUUGUUCCUUCUUCAGGACGAAUUUACUCCUUUGGUCUUGGUGGUAAUGGGCAGUUGGGAACUGGUUCAACAAGCAACAGAAAAAGUCCUUUCACUGUAAAAGGAAAUUGGUUUUCUUAUAAUGGGCAGUGUCCACAAGAUAUUGAUUCUGAAGACUGUUUCUGUGUCAAAAGAAUUUUCUCAGGUGGAGAUCAAAGCUUUUCACAUUACUCUAAUCCUCAGAGCUGUGGCCCAGCAGAUGAUUUCAGAUGCCCUGACCCUUCAAAGCAGAUCUGGACAGUGAAUGAAGCUCUGAUUCAGAAAUGGCUCAGCUACCCUUCUGGAAGGUUUCCUGUGGAGAUAGCCAAUGAGAUUGAUGGAACAUUUUCUUCAUCUGGUUGCCUAAAUGGAAGUUUUUUGGCUACUAGCAACGAUGAUCACUAUAGAACAGGUACCAAAUUUUCAGGGGUUGAUAUGAAUGCUGCUAGACUCUUAUUCCACAAACUAAUACAACCUGACCAUCCUCAGAUAUCUCAGCAGGUGGCAGCUAGUUUGGAAAAGAAUCUUAUACCUAAACUGACUAGCUCCUUACCUGAUGUUGAAGCAUUGAGGUUUUAUCUUACUCUACCAGAAUGUCCCUUGAUGAGUGACUCCAACAAUUUCACCACAAUAGCAAUUCCUUUUGGUACAGCUCUUGUGAACCUAGAAAAAGCACCACUGAAAGUGCUCGAAAACUGGUGGUCAGUACUUGAACCUCCACUAUUCCUCAAGAUAGUAGAACUUUUUAAGGAAGUUGUGGUACAUCUUUUGAAACUCUACAAGAUCGGCAUUCCCCCUUCUGAAAGAAGAAUUUUCAACAGUUUUCUUCAUACUGCAUUAAAGGUUUUAGAAAUAUUACAUAGGGUAAAUGAGAAAACAGGACAGCUUAUACAGUAUGACAAAUUUUAUAUACAUGAAGUACAAGACCUGAUAGACAUAAGGAAUGACUAUAUCAACUGGGUCCAACAGCAAGCCUAUGGAGUGGAUGUCAGCCAUGGAUUAACUGAGUUGGCAGAUAUCCCUGUGACAAUUUGUACAUAUCCAUUUGUAUUUGAUGCCCAAGCAAAAACUACUCUGUUACAAACAGAUGCAGUCUUACAGAUGCAGAUGGCUAUUGACCAGGCCCACAGGCAGAAUGUCUCCUCUCUUUUUCUCCCGGUGAUUGAGUCUGUGAAUCCCUGCUUAAUUCUAGUGGUUCGAAGAGAGAAUAUUGUAGGAGAUGCAAUGGAGGUCCUCCGGAAAACCAAGAGCAUAGACUACAAAAAGCCACUCAAAGUUAUAUUUGUUGGAGAAGAUGCUGUUGAUGCAGGAGGUGUACGCAAAGAAUUUUUCUUGCUCAUCAUGAGGGAGUUAUUGGAUCCUAAAUAUGGCAUGUUUCAAUAUUACGAAGAUUCCAGGCUCAUUUGGUUUUCAGAUAAGACAUUUGAAGACAGUGAUUUGUUUCACUUAAUUGGUGUUAUCUGUGGAUUAGCAAUUUAUAACUUUACUAUUGUGGACCUGCAUUUUCCUUUGGCUUUAUAUAAGAAACUACUGAAACGGAAGCCAUCCCUGGAUGAUCUGAAAGAGCUGAUGCCAGAUGUUGGGAGAAGCAUGCAGCAGUUGCUGGACUAUCCAGAAGAUGACAUAGAGGAAACAUUUUGUCUGAAUUUCACGAUCACAGUUGAAAACUUUGGUGCAACAGAAGUGAAAGAGCUGGUUGUGAAUGGUGCAGACACAGCUGUUAACAAACAAAAUCGGCAAGAGUUCGUUGAUGCCUAUGUGGAUUACAUAUUCAAUAAGUCGGUGGCGUCUUUAUUUGACGCUUUCCAUGCAGGCUUUCAUAAGGUCUGUGGAGGAAAAGUCCUUCUGCUCUUCCAGCCUAAUGAAUUACAAGCUAUGGUUAUUGGGAAUACAAAUUAUGACUGGAAAGAACUGGAGAAGAAUACAGAAUACAAAGGGGAUUAUUGGGCAGAACAUCCCACGAUAAAAAUUUUCUGGGAAGUAUUUCAUGAAUUACCACUGGAAAAGAAGAAACAAUUUCUAUUAUUUUUGACAGGUAGUGAUCGAAUUCCCAUUCUUGGUAUGAAGAGUCUGAAACUAGUCAUCCAAUCAACAGGAGGUGGUGAGAACUAUCUCCCGGUUUCCCAUACCUGUUUUAAUCUUUUAGAUCUCCCAAAAUACACAGAAAAAGAAACUCUACGAUGUAAACUGAUCCAAGCUAUAGAUCAUAAUGAAGGAUUCAGUUUAAUAUAGCCUUGGAGUUCUGACUGUUCUGUUUAAUACAAAGGCAUCAAACCACUUGUUUUUCUUGUGAAUGCAGCAAAGUAAGAAGUACUUGUAAUUCUUACUUGCAAAUUGUUCACUGCUGUAUUGAUGAAAGCCAAAUAUUAAAAAUUGAGCAACUGUUAAUACUAAACUUACUGUACAUAACCAUUAAUUGUCCCCAUCCUCAAACAUACAAGUAUUGUGAAUACAUUAAAGUUUUACUAACAGGAAUUUUAAGAGUUUGCAUAUUUCAAAAUGACCUGAUGUGAGUGCAUGGAAAUGUUGCUUAAUGUUUCUUCAAUCAAAAGCCUUUAACUGUGGCCUGCCUUUAGUCAUUUAUUUUUCCAUUUUGUAAAUAAAAGUUUUGUAAUAAAAUAGUGACAUUCAGAUA